ACAAGGACGAACAAGGACUUUUUAAAAAAUAAUCCACAGAUGACGGAAAUCAUCAAUUGCAGCCCUCCCGGGGGCACGCGAUGUCUCGGCCCACUGAAAUAGUCGUCCCAAAGAUCAACACGGGGUGUGUGUGUGUAUUCAUGGCCAGUGCCCGGUCCUCACUUAUCUAGUUAAAAACUUUUUCUUAACCUUUGGUGUUUUAUUUAAUCUAAAGGAAUGUAUUGCCUAAGGGCGCCCUCCUGUGUCUAGAAAUGUGUCUUUUUCAUUUCUUUGUCAAGCAGAAAGGGUGGUCCUCGCUUUGUAGGCCUUUUUACUCAGUCCUCACUGUGCCACAAGUGCAGGAAUGUGUGUGUGUGUGUGCAGGCAUCUGGUGUUACGAGAAGCAGUACUCCUGCGACGCCACGUGCAAAGACCCGAGCGGGUGGUCUUCGGCCUUCCCUCGCUGCGGCGGACUGCGCCAGUCGCCCAUCAACAUCGUCAGCGGCAAAGCUCACGUGGACGCGGCGCUGCCCCCCCUGGAGUUCAUCGGUCACGGCGACCGGAUCAACGUCACCGUGGAGAACAAAGGACAUUCGGCUCACUUCCACCUGCCCCAGUCGGUGCGUCUGAGCGGAGGCGCUCUGCAGGGUCACUACCGGGCCGCCCAGUUCCACUUCCACUGGGGGGCUGGCGGAAGGCCCGGAUCGGAACACACCGUGGACGGCGAGAGAUUCCCCAUGGAGCUUCACGUGGUGCACGUCAAGGAGCCGUACGGAUCCCUGAGCGAGGCGCAACACGACAUGGCGGGAAUCGCCCUGCUGGCCUUUCUCUUUGAGGAAGCCGCCGAGGACCAUCCGCACCUGGACGCCGUCAUAGCGGCUCUGGGACGAGUGCGGCACAACGGCUCCACGGCGCUCAUGUCCGACUUCAGACUGAGCGACAUGCUGCCGCCAUCGAGGGAGCUGCGGGGCUACUACCGCUACGUGGGCUCCAUGACGACGCCGGGAUGCGAACAGGCGGUGGCGUGGACCGUCUUCCUCAAGACGCUGCCCGUCAGCGCUCGGCAGCUGGACGCCAUCGCGCGGCAGUGCCGCUUCUGGACGGGCCAGCCCAUGACGGACAUCUUCAGACCCACGCAGCCGCUGGACGGCCGCGUGGUGUACCGCUCCAACUCGGCCGGCGCCGUCACGCCCGCCCGCCGCGCCGCCUUCUGGCUCGUCCUGGCCGCGCUCCUCCGUUAAGCAGGCCGACGCGCGGGCGCGGGGCGACCUCGACUGCUGCGGCUUCGCCGGCGGCAUCGUCUGCGAACUCCGGCGACGCAAACAAGCUUGC